UUUUUUAUAAGUAUAAGAAUCUACUAAACUAGAUCUAGAACCCAGAGUCUAGAUUUAGAUUGACUGGAUUUAGACUAAAUUAGAGUCUAUAACCUAUGAUUAUGAUUUAGGACAGCUUUUUAGUCUAAGUCGAAAGAUCUAAAUUAUAGACUCUAGAUGAAAUCAUCCCUAGAUUAGUGACUAGGCUAGAUGGGCUAGGCCUAGAUAGUAGAUCUACGUCUACAAUAGAUCUAGAUGUGGAAAAAGCAGGAAAAUAAAAAAAUGUUCAGAUAAGUGAUAGGAUCAUAUAGCAUAUAUAUUGAGAAAGCAUGAAAUAGCGUUUAACAAAAAUAAUUGCUAAUAUGAUGGGAAGAAGAUUUUGUUGGAGACAUCCUAAGUUUAAAGAAUGCUUGAUGAAAUUGAUGAAAAUAUUUGUGCUUUUUGUCAUACUUGUCCUCAUAUUUGUUCCCAUUCGAAAUGUCAUCUUUCAAUUUGUCUUGCCUGGCAUGUGGCUGGAGCACAGUACUUUGUUUAUUAUUAAGGUCGUUCUAGACAAUCAACAAUUUCCAGUAGCUGACACUCCACUUGGCCAAAGUCCAAUCAAGCUUCAGGUUAACUUUGAUGAUAUUAAAACUAAGUUCACGCCACAGUACAAGACUUAUGCUGCGUUUUAUGAACGCUUGUUGUCACUACAAGAAGUCUCCAAAACUGAUCCUUAUGCACAAACUAGGUUAGCAGAAUUAAUAAACUUUAAACCAUUGAUGUCUGAAUAUGAUAGAGCUGUUGCCUUGUUCACAGUGGAUACUUUUGUCAAGGCAUGUGAAGCUGCAAAUCUGACUUAUUUUUUAAUCUCAGGUUCUGUGCUGGGUGCUGUUCGUCAUCAUGGCAUAAUUCCCUGGGAUGAUGAUAUAGACAUUAUUAUGAAUUCUUCAGACUGGCACAAAAUAAGAAAUGUUUUAGGAAAUAUAGAAGGUUUUGAGCUUUUUGCCCCUAGUCGAGUCCAGUGGAAAUUUUUUAUGAGUUCGUUGCCACCGGGCAAUAGGCCAUUUAAAUGGCCUAAUAUAGAUCUUUUUUUCUUUAAUGAAGACGAAAGUCAUAUAUGGGCACAAACGUGGGGUGCCAAAAGUUCACUCUGUAGCAAAAAAUCGGACAUCUUCCCAUUGCGAAGAAGAAAAUUUGAGAUGUUUUAUUUGCCUGUGCCAAAAGCAUCAAAAUCUUUAGCAGAAGCUGAAUUUGGAGAGUUCAGCUCAGCUUGUAAAACAGCCAAUUAUGUUCAUAAAACCAAUGUUGCUUACUCUGCAUCAAGUACAAUAGAUUUGAAGUGUCAACAGUUACAUGAAGUGUUUCCAUUUGUUUUCCAAGAGAAAGGACAACAAGGGACUGUACUGGAAGUUCGAAAAUUAGCUGGUAAACCUUUAGACAAUUUUACUCUUCCAGAUGAUGUUUAAACAUGCUAUACCAUAAGACAACAGAGUGAAAUAUUUUCUAUUUAUGCAAACUUGUUAAUUUACUUAAUGCAGUUUUUUAAUAUUUAUUUGUUUGAAAUAUGGUUGAAGUCAUUAUGUAUAUUUUUUUAAAUUUAAAGUGAUAUUAUAUUAUAAAUAUUUUUGGAUUGUAAAUCAAAACAAAUGUUUUAUAUUUUCUUUCCCUCCCCUUUUUCUCUCUACAUUUCCCUACUAUUUGUAUGCAUACACUUGAAACACUAAACUAGAAACACCAAGUCUAUAAACUGCUGUUACACAUUUGUUAUAUUCCAGGAUUUAUAGAAAUAAUAUUAUAUUUUUUAAAAUUCUGGAAAGAAAAAAGAAAAACAAAGAUUUAUACCAAGAAUUUUCUCUUUUUAAAAUUCCUCUAUUCAACUUGCAAAUACUUGGGGGCACAUUUUUUCUUAAAAACAGCUCUAUUUUUCUAGAAAUUUGACAGUUAAUGUAUAUCUUUGGGAAAAGAAUUACUAGUUAUUUGGAAACACUGGGAAAACUCUAGUUUGACCACUAUAAUUUUUCCAAGUUUAAAAAAAAAAAAGAAUUUAAUUUUGUCUAUAGAGAACUAGAAAAUAUUUAUCAUGAAGAGACAACAUCUUCAGGUAUUUCCACAUGUAUUUCCAUAAAGGGUUAAAUAAAUAAAUGUUCAAGGGGAGAUGGACAGCGUAAAGGAUGCUCCAUUUUUUUAAACAUCUAACAUUCAUUAGAGCUGUAUAAAGAAGGAAUUUUUUUUAAAGUAUUUUUUUUUAAUUUUCUUGUACCAUUAAAAACAAAUUAAUAUACACACUAAAGUCAAUAAAUUCUUUUUUAUAUUAAUGUCCUUUUAAUCUAGACCAAUGGCCUAAAAUUUAGAGGUAAGCCUCAUUUUAUUUCUUGGUUUCAUUUAAACAUUGGUUUUUAGUCUCAGAGAGUAAGAUAAAAAUAUUUUUUUAUACCUGAAUCAGAUUGAAUGAAUUCCAGAAUGUUUAAAGCUCAUAGCCUUUAUUUUGAAAGACAUGAUAUCUACACAAUGUUCCUAAUAAACUCACUAAGCUUAUGCCAAGAUUCACAAAAAAAGAUUUAAAUGCCAAAAUUUCACAGUAGGUACCAUUAGAUUUUAAGUACCAUAUGUGAAAUAUCAGUAAAUCUAAUUGGUCUAUUGUACAUAUUGAUUACGUUAGUGUGAAAGUGGCAAUGAGUUUUCACAUUUUUUUCCCUUUGUAGUCUGAUUAUGACUUAAGUUAAGACUUAAUGUAGCUUGGCCUAAGUACGCAUGAAAUUUUCCCUCCACCAAAAGAAAUACAUUUGACAUUAAAAAAACAACAACAUGAAAGCAGCAAUUUGAAUUUAGUAAUUGCUUUAUUAUUUCUUUUAAGAAAUGUAUAUGCUUCCUAAUAUAUAUUUUAUGUGUGGUGUGCCAUGUAACUAAGAACAAAAUAGAGAUAAACUUCUAUCCCGUGACAAACAUAUUGGUUGAAAAUAUUUGUAACAUUCUGAUACAGCAGACUCUUACAGUACAUACCGGUAUGUUUUGUUGUUGAAAUAAGGCAUUACUGAAACUGCUGAAAUUAAAGUAAGAUUCAUAA